AAACACCACGCUAUUACACAACACAGCAAAAAUGGUUACAAUUGGAGACGCCCACGAUGACUUGAUUCACGACGCCGUGUUGGACUACUACGGCAAGCGUCUUGCCACGUGCUCAUCGGACAAAACCAUCAAGAUCUUCGAGGUGGAUGGCGAUAAACACACCCUAGUUGAAACCUUGCGCGGGCAUGACGGCCCUGUAUGGCAGGUCAGCUGGGCACAUCCAAAGUUCGGCAUCAUCCUCGCGUCCGCGUCGUACGACGGCAAGGUUUUGAUAUGGCAAGAACAGAACGGCCAGUGGAGCAACAUUGCGGAACACGCGGUGCACCAGAGCAGUGUCAACUCCGUUUCCUGGGCACCACACGAGUUUGGCGCUGUCUUGUUGUGCGCUUCUUCCGACGGCACUGUUUCCGUGGUGGACUUUAAGGAUGAUGGUACCACGUCGCCAAUCGUCUUUAAGGCGCAUGAGAUCGGAGUCAAUGCCGCGUCCUGGGCCCCAGUUGAUACAAACAAGAAGGAUCAACAGGUGAGACGCUUCGUUACCGGGGGCUGCGAUGAUUUGGCCAAGAUAUGGCGCUUCGACGCCCAAGCCAACACUUAUAUCCAGGAGGCCAUUUUGGAGGGCCACACCGACUGGGUCAGAGAUGUAGCUUGGUCCCCGAGCUUGUUGUUGCGCUCCUACAUCGCCACCGCAUCCCAGGAUCAUUCCGUUAUUGUGUGGACCCAGAAGAGUGACGGUAGCGGUGCCUGGGAAAAGCAACUCUUGCAGGCGGAGAAAUUCCCAGAUGUGGUCUGGCGUGCCUCCUGGUCGUUGUCAGGUAACGUUUUGGCGAUCUCUGGUGGCGACAACAAAAUUACCUUGUGGAAGGAGAACUUGAAGGGUGCCUGGGAGUCUGCCGGCGAGGUUGAGCAGUAA